CUCCCCCCCGCCCCCAGCACGACAGCGACGUGUCGGCGUACACCUACGAGCGCACGCUGAUGAUGGAGCAGCGCUCCCAGAUGCUGCGGCAGAUGCGCCAGGCGCAGGGGGGCCCCGCUCCCUCGCAAGCCCCCAGCGCCGGGGAGGAAGAGGAAGAGGAAGAGGAAGGGGAAGGGGAAGGGGAAGGAGGCGUCGCCCGCCGCGGCCCCAGCCCGGGGAACGUGCGGCGCAUGCACGCUGCGGAGCGGCUGAACGAGGCCGUGGGGCGACGCUCGGGCGGGGCCCGGUUGGUGCUGCUGGACCUGCCCCCUCCCCCGCCCCCCCGGCCCCCCCGGCCCCUCGACAACUACCUGGAGUUCCUGGAGGUGCUGACGGAGGGGCUGGGGCCGGUGCUGCUGGUCAGGGGGGGCGACGGGGACCCCCCCGACCCCUGAGCCCACCAGUACGGCCCAGUACGAGCCCAGCGCUCCCAGUACGGCGCCCGGCCCGAGCCGCGGCUCUACGAGCACCCGUCCCAGCGCGAGCCCAGCGCUCCCAGUACGAGCCCGGCGCUCCCAGUAGGACGCCGACCCGAGCUGCAGCUGCCCGACACGGGUCCCAGUACGGACCCCAGCGCUCCCAGUACGGACCCCAGCGCUCCCAGUAUAGCACCAGUGCUCCCAGUACGACGCCAGACCGAGCUAAGGUUAAGCGACGACCCGCGACGUUCCCAGUACGACCUCGGCGCUGCGGACCCCUCUCUGUACCGAUCCCGCUACGGGACCAGUCCUCCCAGUACGGCUCCCAGUACGGCUCCCAGUACGCGCCCAAUAAACCAUUUCCA